CUAUUCUUUCAGCAGAGGGCGCUGCAGAGUUAUCAAGUCACAAUGAAUAAUUUGUAUAUCAAUUGCUACAGUCACAGGGCCCCCUUCCGGGGCUCUUGGUUCCAGGCCCAUAGUCUGUGGGCACGAGGCAGGCCUUCAAGCCUCUCCGAAGGGCCGUGGCAUGGGAGCUUCUGUCACAGUGAGUAUACCACCUCAUGCUGUAUGAGUCCAUACUGAUGGAGAUUUAGUGAAAUAACUAAUGUAACAUCUUGUUACUCCAGCGUGAGUAGGACAAUUCUCACAGAGAUCUGGAAGUUUUGUGCGCAUAGAAUGACAUUUGUUUCUACCUGACAUCAGGACUUAAAGUGGCAUUUACUUUAUUACUGCAUUUGUAAAGUGAUGUUCAACAGGCAUCUACAGACACCUCCAUAAACAUGGCCGAUAAAACGCUAUAUUCUUUGAAAGCAAUACAUUUUAUCUAUUCAGGGUUUUUUUUUUCUAACUCCUAAAUCUCAGACUGGGAAAUGGCUCCCAUGAGAGUUAAAUUAUCUAUAACAACUUUUAAUAUUUAGUGGAAAAAAUAACAUUAAUGCUAUGUUUACUUCUCAAGGACAUUAACAAGGAAACGAUAGUCUGCCACCCAUUUAACCACUAGGUGACAAUAAGGUACUUUUUGGGAAAAUAUGUUGGACAAAUUCCGAUUCUUAUGAAAAAUUACAAGUUUUGAAAACAAGUUGCUUAAAACACUGAAAAUAAUUACAGCUUUUGAAAUUAUAGGGUUGGCUUUUCUAGUCCACAAAACACUAUGCUAUGUCUUGACCAACCGCAAUAAGAAAAACAUAAAGUACUCAGUGCGACUUGUGUUUCCUUAUUUAAUUUUGGUAACUGUCCUUGUAAAGCACAGAUGGUUUCUGUGGUUUCUAAAGGCCCUUUUUGAUACAUCCCGGUUUUAAAAAAAAUUACAUAAAAAGUAGGGCUGCACUGAUCUAAAACACACAGAUUGUAAACUAAAGCAGAAUUGUUACUGUAAGAGCUGAGAAUAUCCAGUCUCCCUCUAGUCGGUGGUUCUUUCUGCAUAGCUGAGUGAGUCACAUGACAAACUGCACGUCUCAGGCAGUCAUUGCUAACACAGUGUCUGUUAGCUGCCCAGAUGGAUUCAUGACUCAGCUGUUUAAUAAUUUCACAAAGUAUAACAAAGAGUCAUAAAGCCAACAGGUGUGUCCUUUAGUGAUGACUAAUGUUUCAUUAUAAAUAUUUGGCUGAGAGAUAGAGGGAUAGACAGACAGGAAGACAGACAUACAGCUAGAUGGAUAGACAGAAGUAUAGACAGACAGACAAACUGAGAGACAGACAACUAACUAGAAUUAUAAACAGACAGUUUGAUGGAUAGACAGAUGUUGUUGGUGCUGCGUCUCAUCCAAUAAACCUGACCUGGGCCUUAUACCUGUGCACUAUCCUUCUUUGGGUUUAUACUCCAUGUAAACUGGUGGCACGGUUUAAAUCGUUUUAUGUGACUACAGACAUGUAAUUUUGACUACAUAAACAGACAUGGAAGUAGCGUUCCUCAUCUUGCUUGAUGCUAAAACGAUGCAGAGACACUUUUGUUAGAUGGUGUUGCAAUAUGGUGAAACUAGACAGGACAACCUCUAUCAUUACUGAAUAGUGCACAGUGUCGCAUCAAGCAGAAUAUUGACACCAAUGUGAAGUGAAUAACCUGACGGGGGGCAUGCAGAGAUACCCUGUCAGGGUCUUUUCAGACCCUGAGGUCUGUCUCUGAGAGCAUGCAGCACAAGAAUUACAGCGGCUGAGAGUCAUCAUUUAAGAGUGGCUGUAUGCUCCGCUUGAAAAGAGCUCUCCAUACAGGAUAUCAGUCAGUCUGAGGAGUUGCUUGGUAAAACACUGACAUAUGUGUCUCCCUUGCGUGAGCAGGGAUUUAAGGCUGCUCACAUCAGAACUAGGAUGUUCCAUAGCCUCCUAAUGGCAUUAAAUCCCAGUAUUCUUAGAAUGUAAUGGAAGAUCCAAAAGUCGUUAAAGGAUUAAAAUUACUUUUUACUUUUGUUCAGUUUAGUUUAUUAAAAGUUGUAAUUUUUCUCACUUUUCUUCCCUAUUUUUUUGCAGGGCUUAUGUCCUUUUUAAUGUUUAUUGCUUUUUAUAUGUAAAAUGACACAGAGGGGGGUGACUAAGGGUUUGGGGACCCCUAGUCACCUGGGGGGUUAAAUUUUUAUUUAGGGUCCCUACCCGCCACGCAGGGGUGGGGGCCAGGGGGGAGGACAGUAGGCUCCCCUCCCCCCAAUUUUUAUUUAUGGCCCCCACCCACCGCUCAGGGGUGGGGUACAGGGGGGGAAGACAGUAGGUCCCCCACUUAUUGUUAUUUAGGGCCCCCACCCACCGCACAGGGGUGGGGGCCGGCGGGCAGGACAGUAGCUCCCCCCCUUAUUGUUAUUUAGGGCCCCCAACCACCGCACAGGGGUGGAGGCCAGGGGGAGGACAAUAUGUCCCCCCCCUUACUGGUAUUUAGGGCCCCUACCCGCCGCUCAGGGGUGGGGGUCGGGGGGGCAAUAGGUCCCCCCUUUAGUUUAAAAGCCCCCACUCGCAUGUCGCGGGUGGGGGCUCAGGAGGGAGGAAUGUUUUGGGGUUUUUUAACAGUGAGCAGCCACAGGCUGCUCACUGUUUAAUAGACAUGUCCCUACUCACAGUAUAGCGAGUAGGGGUAUAAUUUAAUAAUACUAAGUAACCAGCUUAUAUAGAGGUUGGGUCACAUGCUGCACUGGCCAAUCACAGCCAUGCCAUUAGUAGGCAUGGCUGUGAUGGCUUCUAAGGGCACACGAGUUAAACGCUUGUUGAACGCGUCAUUAAAUCGCCAAACAUACAGUAAUAUGUCCGUGUUCGUGUCCGGGGUCCAAAAAACGUAAUGUUUUGCGGUUCGGGUUCGCUCAACUCUAGUUAAGAUCCUUUAACCUGUCCUUGUAAGUUUUAUCCUGCACUCCAUGCACCAGUUUAGUAGCCCUUCUCUGAACAACCAAGCAUUCUGCUAGCAUUUCCUGUUGCUCUAUUACAUUGUCUUUGGAGCUGAUAGCACUGAUUCAUUCCCCCCCCCUCACCCCCCCUUUUUUUUCUAUUACACAUUCUGCCUACCUUUGUGUCAUCUGAAAUAAUUACUCCUAAAUCCUGUUCCUCGGAUGUUUAAAACAGAAUGGGGUCACAUGUAUCCUUGGAUCAAGGGGGCUCCAUUUAUACAGAAACAGCUAACAUUUUGCCAAAACAAAGGUGUGACUGUGAUCAAUCUCCCCCAAAGAAUAAUAAAUGUACAUACCUUCUCUCUGUCUUUAUCAAGUGGUGGUACAUGAUCUAAUAAUUUCACAGGGUCAGAUUGUGCACAGUUAUUUUAUGGUCUGCCUUUAAUUCUAUUAUUUACAUUCAGUGGGUAUUUUUUUUUUUAAAAUCAUUAUUAAAAUACAUGUUAUUUACUAAUAUGUGGCCCAGGCUGAUCUCCUACCUUAACUCACCUCUUACUCAUCAAUUUUGGCACAUGUUUUGUCCUGACAUAAGUGUUUAAUUAUCCAGAAUAGUUAUGUCAUCCAGGACAAAACAUCUCAAAAGUAUCUGUGCACACACGUUAUAGUAAAAGGUGAUACAAAGCAGGGAGUGUAAUACAGACAUGGACAGCAAAACUCUCGUUCUCCAAUAAAUACAUUUAAAAAAUUAAAGGCGUAGAAUUGGCAGUGUUUAUAGUGUAUGGUUUACACACCUCUGGCUGUCUUCCUCACAGUUACUAGAGGCACUUACCAGACACUGUAAUUCAAUCAAAUACAUAUACAUUGAAAUUGGCGCCAGUGUCAGUUUUGUCGACUAACAAUUUUGAGAUUUAGUCGACUAAAACUAGAACAAUUCAGAUGACUAAAAUGGCGUUUUAGUCAAAAGAUUAUGACUAAAACUGAAUUGAAAUUUGCCACCAAAAUUAACAUUGCACAGAGGGGCUGUGGAAGGGGAAAAGAGACCAAAGUUUGGGAAAGAGACACCUAGAGGUGGUGUGAGGACACAAAGAACACAGAGGGGCAAAAGAGACAGAUUGUGGCUUUAUCUAAACCCAUUAAAUUUUAGUCGUGUCAACUAAAAUCUACUGGAAAUUUAGUCGACCUAAACUAAAACAAAAACAGUUCAGAUGACUAAAACUUGACUAAAACCAAUUUGAAUGUGCCGCCAAAAUUAGCACUGCUUCGCCCCAGGAAUUUACCUCCCUACAAACAAAAGGUAUGAAAGCUGGGGGUGGUCAACAAAUGUAAAUUGCAAUUUGUGUGUUUGUCUAUGUGUAUGUUUAGGUAUGUGUGCAUCUGUGUGUAUCUCUGCAUAUUAGUGUGUAUCUGUGUAUAGGUAUGUGUGUAUCUGAGUCUGUUAGUGUGUAUCUGUGUAGGACAAGUUAUGAGUGUAUUUGUGUGUAUGUAUGUGUAGUUAUGUCCAGGGGUGGAUCCAAGACAAUAGGUCCCCCCUAUUCUAAUUUAGGGCCCCCACCCACUGCUCAGGGGUGGGGGACGGGGGGAGGACAAUAGGUCCCCCCCCCUUAUUCUAAUUUAGGGCCCCCACCGCUCAGGGGUGGGGGCAAGGGGGGAGGACAAUAGGUGUCCCCCCCUUGUUGGUAUUUAGGGCACCCACCCGCCGCUCAGGGGUGGGGGCCAGGGGGGAGGACAAUUUAGGGCCCCCACCUGCCGCUCAGGGCAGAGGUGGGGGCUCGGGAGGGGGGGACACUUGGAGUUUUUUUUGUUUCUUUUCUUAACAGUGAACAGCCACUUAGUAUUAGUAAAUUUUACUGAAAGACCAAUUUAGGUCUUUCAGCCUUUUGGUAGAUAGCUCCCUAGUACCGUGGGAAUUAGGGAGUUAUCUACUAAUUGGCUGCAAGAGAAAAUAUCCAACGUUUUGAAGUCCCAAGUUUCAGAAUGCCAAACAGAAUAUUUUGCCCAUGCACAUCCCUAAAUAUUUUUCUCUUUUUAUUUAUUUAUUUUUUUCUUCUUUUUUCAUAUAAAGUACAGAAGGAACUUUUGAAAAUCCUCUACACCUUCUAUAAUACCUGUACAUAUUGCAACACUAAUAUAUGAGGUGCAGUGCUUUCAGCUGAUUAUUAUCUAAUAUAUCAGGUGCAGUGCUUUCAGCUGAUUAUUAUCUAAGCAUCUAAAUAUACUGAGAGCUAGUAACAGUUUUGGCUUCUUUAAAUAUCUGAACAGAUACCUGUCAAAUUUAAUUAUUGCUAAAUCCUUAUUACAAUAACAAGAAUUUAUUUUUUAAGGGAUAUAGAGAAAAGAGAUGAAAGAAACUUUUUUGAUUGAGAUUCUUCAAAUCAUUGCAGCCAAUAUCCUACAGGAUAGCCGCACUAUAUAUCAAUUAAAACCUUCAAUGGUAUCUGCACAUAUUGAAACAAGAUUUUGUCUCCUUGGAUCUAACACUCAGAAUCUAACAUAUCAGGUGCAUUGCUUCCAACUGAUUAUUACUGAAGCAUCUGAUUUAUAUUGAAAGCUUGUAACAGUCUGGUUUCCUUAAAUAUCUGAACAGAUAGCUGUCUAAUUUAAUCAUCGCUAAAUCCCUACUACAACACCAAGAAUUUAAGGGAUAUGGAGAAAAGCAAGGAAAGAAAUUCUUGACUGAGAUUUUUUAAAAGCUAAUGUCCUAACAAGAUAACUGUGUUAUACAUCGAUCAAAAUAUUAUCUGAUAUCUCAAAUUUAAUAGAAAAAAUUAAUUGCAGAUAUCGCCAUUUUCGAUAUAUAUGUAACACUACUUCAAUUGCCCCAAUCACAUUUAUUUUAAAAGGAAGAUGGGGAGAAAUAAAAUAGAAAGAGUGACCUCUUUGGAAGCCAUAGCAGAUCCUGAUUUUUGUUUUUCCAAAAUUUUGAUUCUUUGGAAAAUUGUUUCUUACCUUCCAUUUUCUCCAUUUAAGUAAUUACAAUGGGGCACAAGAAGGACAAAGAAAAGAGAAGUAUAUGGUCUGAAAAAAAUAAACCAAUUCAUACUUAUUACUCACCUAAGACCAGCUCAUCUGUUCAGCUGAACCAACGAAGAUCCUUGAACAUUGAUACAAACGAACUUAAAGGAACACAGAUAUCUGACCAAUCAGAAGAAGAAGUUCAUUCUCCAGAACGGCCCCUUGCACAUAAAACCAUUUCAAGCUUACUGGACAACUUAUAUUUUAAAAUCAAACAAGGUUUCGAAUUUAACAUGGUAUUCCCAAAAAAUUCUACCUGAUCAGCUUGAGACUUAUUUAGAAGAACUUUUUGUAACUUAUGUUACUUCUCAAAUUCUCAGAAUAAAUCCCUUUGACAGAUACCACAGGAUCUAUAAAUCAAAAGAAGUCAACAAUGCACUUCCUAGAGACGUUAGUUAGAUAGUUAGAUUCUCUCGUAGUUCUGUAAAGGAGCUAAUCACGAAAGAAGCAAGAACAAAUCCCACAAAAGAUGAGCAAUAUAAAGAAACACGGCUGUUUCCGGACCCCAAUUCUCUGUAACAAGGGAAUUAAAUACAGAUGGCUCUUUCCUCCAGUAAUACGCUUUUUCUAUGAGAACACUGGCGGAUCCAGGGGGGGGGCAACGAAGUAAUUGCCCCCCCCCGAGAUUCUCCCCUGCCGGCUAAUGCAGGGCUGGCAUUGUCCAAGUGACAGCCCUGCAAUGUGCCUGCGGACUGGAGGGGAGCCGGCAGGGGAGGGAGAAAGGACCCGGGAGCUCCGUCUGCAGCUCCUCCAGGUCCUCCUCUCGCGAGCAUGGAGCGUUGCGGCGGUUACCACGGCAACGCUCCAAAUCUCGCAAGAGUGAACUCUCUAGCCCAGGAGGGCGGGCUAGAGUUCACUCUGACCACUGGGCCACCAGGGAUCGAAAUAUGUCCCCCCUCCUCCCAGUAAAGGUAAGAAGGGAGGGAGGACAUACAUUUAUUUACUUUUAUACAUUAUUUAUUUUUAUCAAAAAGCCCCCUUACCCUCCUAACCACAGAUUCACACAUUGCCCCCCAUAAACAGCCCACACACACUGCCCCCCAUAAACAGCCCACACACACACACUGCCCCCAUACACACACACACUGCCGCCACACACACACUGCCCCCACACACACACACACCUCCCGCCCACCAUAUAUACACUGCCACCAUACACACACUGCCCCUACACACACACUGCCGCCAUACACACACUGCCCCCCACACACAUACACACUGCCCCCCCACACACACACACACACUGGUCCGGGUGAUACACACACUUCCUACCAUACACACACUCCUCCUUCCUACCCACCAUAUAUACACUGGCCACCAUACACACACUGCCCCAUACACACACCUCCUGCCCCCCAUACACACACUGCCCCCAUACACACACACACUGCCCCUAUACAAAACACACACUGCCCCCCAUACACACACUGCCCCCAUACACACAAACUGCCCCCCUUACACACAUACUGCCCCCAUACACACAUCCUGCCCCCCCAUAAUCACACAUCAUGUCCCCCAUAAUCACACAUACUGCCCCCAUACACACACUGCC